AUUCGUCCUUAUUUGGAUGAUGGCAAAGUCAGUACUUUAUUGACACAAUUUGUUAUCAGAUUCCAUUUGCAUCAGCUUGCUUGGCCUGUGAAACCCGGCUCAACUAAUAAAACUAUCUAAUAGUAACUUUCAAACACUAGGAACCCCUGCGAAAGGUCAUCCCAUAUUAACACAGACUGUUGUGGACUCCCAGUUGAUUUCUGCUUCUUCUAACAUACAGACAUGGCUGCCAAUGGAAAGUUAGCGCUCCUCAGCGUCUCCGACAAAACCGGCUUGGUACCUCUAGCCAAAUGUCUGUCAGAGAUCGGACUAAGCCUCGUCAGUACUGGAGGCACAGCGACCGCGCUCCGCGCCGCAGGGCUGCAGGUUCGCGAUGUGGCAGACAUCACUGGAGCCCCGGAGAUGCUCGGUGGGCGCGUCAAGUCUCUGCAUCCUGCGGUGCAUGGUGGGAUCCUAGCAAGGCUAACUGACUCCGACCAGGCUGACAUGAAGCGCCAGAAGUUUGACAUGAUCAGCGUAGUGGUGUGCAACCUGUACCCGUUCGUUGACACCGUGGCUAAGCCCGACGUGACCAUCGCAGACGCCGUGGAAAACAUCGAUAUCGGUGGUGUGACACUCCUCCGCGCUGCUGCAAAGAAUCACGACCGUGUCACGAUUUUAUGCGAUCCUAGUGACUACGGCAGCGUUAUUGAGGAGUUGAAACAGAAGAAACAGACUUCUUUGGAGACUAGGCAAAAGCUGGCCCUGAAGGCUUUUACCCACACCUCGGAGUACGACACGGCGAUCUCUGACUAUUUCCGCAAGCAGUAUUCAGCCGGCAAGGCGCAGAUGACCUUGCGUUAUGGUAUGAACCCCCACCAGAAACCAGCCCAAGUAUUCACAACCCGCGACCACUUGCCCCUGACAACCGUCAACGGUUCCCCCGGUUUCAUCAACCUUUGCGACGCGCUCAACGCGUGGCAGUUAGUGCGAGAGCUGAAGCAGGCCCUUGGCGUUCCGGCAGCUACCAGCUUCAAGCACGUUUCCCCUGCUGGCGCGGCUAUUGGACUACCUCUUACUGAGCAGGAGGCGGCCGUAUGCAUGGUAGCAGACCUGCUCCCCUCGCUCACUCCGCUCGCUUGCGCCUACGCUCGCGCCCGCGGCGCGGACCGCAUGAGCUCUUUCGGAGACUUUGUGGCACUGUCUGAUGAGUGUGAUGAAGUCACUGCCAGGAUCAUCUCGAGGGAGGUGUCGGAUGGUGUCAUUGCUCCGGGCUACAGCAAGGGAGCGUUGGAAUUAUUGAAGAAGAAGAAGGGAGGCAGCUACUGCGUUCUACAGAUGGACCCCACCUAUGACCCUGCUCUCCUAGAACAGAAGACCAUCUUCGGUCUAACCCUGGAACAAAAGAGGAACGACGCCGUCAUCUCCCCGGACCUGUUCAAGAACAUUGUUACCAACAAGAAGGCGUUGCCUGAAAACGCUGUGAGAGACCUCAUCGUAGCUACUAUUGCGCUCAAAUACACUCAGAGUAACUCUGUGUGCUUCGCUAGGGAUGGACAGGUUAUCGGCAUCGGAGCCGGGCAGCAGUCUCGCAUCCACUGCACGCGGCUGGCGGGCGGCAAGGCGGCGCUGUGGUGGGCGCGCGCGCACCCGCGCGUGCGCGACCUCAAGUUCAAGCACGGCGUCACGCGCGCCGUGCAGUCCAACGCCAUCGACAACUUCGUCAACGGGACCAUUGGUACUGACAUGCCGUUAGCACAAUGGGAGUCGCUAUUCGACGGGCCCGCGCCCGCACUCUUAACUGAGCAGGAACGCAAUGAGUGGCUCACACACCUGGACAAAGUUGCCCUGGCCUCUGACGCCUUCUUCCCGUUCCGGGACAACAUCGACCGCGCUGUACAGUGCGGCGUAGAAUACAUCGGCAGCCCGUCAGGCUCGAACAACGACGCAGAAGUCAUCUCCGCCUGCAACGAGCACAAGAUCACGCUCGCACACACCAACCUCAGACUGUUCCAUCAUUAAACUUUUAUUUUUUUAUUAAAAAACCUACCUAAUGGCCGGUAGGAUCACUUGCCACUCAAUUUCUUGCCUCCUAGUCAAAUCAGCUUCUUUUUAAUAACUGUCGAAACGAAUUUUAACGACUAGCUAAUAUAGAAUUUAAAUGAAAUAGAAUUGAGUGACGUCACGGUCAACUCAGUUACUUUAUAUAUUUCUACCUGACUUAUUAAAUAGAAAUUGCAUUUAAAAAUAACUUCUGUCCAUGUUUUUCUUAUAAUUAUCUGAUGCUUUAUUUCGUGCAUGGUAUAUUUUUUUUAUUUUAACUACAAUCAAGUUCCCUAUUUUUUUUUUUAUUACAAAACCUACCAUAAUACCCGGUAGAAUCACAAGUGCCUUUAACCACUCAAUUUGACUUUGAGUUUUAAUUGUCAUCGAACUCGAUAGCGAUAUACGCAUUCAGUGUUUCGCACUGCAUGAUAGCGAAUAUGCUACUUUCCUAUAUUAAAAAAAAUAAAGUUAGUUACCAUAUUAAUUUCAUAAU